UUCACGGCGCGAGUUUUACAUGCACACGUAACUAUCAACAACAAUUACGCAAAGCUUGCGUCCUUCUGUUCUGUUCAGACCUUUCAAUAAAUACGAAUGCUUCUAACCACUGCCGCUAAUUCCAGAGAGAGAGAGAGAGAGAGAGGAGAGUUGGUGGGCAAUCUGGCGCCGAUCUCGCCGGAAAACAUGUCUUCCGGCAGGUACAUGGCCUACUCUCCCUCUCCCUCCGCCCCUCCCUCUCCUCACAUCGGCGGCCUCCGCUCCUCCGCCACCGCCCUCGUCGAGCACGAGAAGUAUCUCUCUGAGUUACUUGCGGAGCGUAACAAGCUUAAUCCAUUUAUGUCCGUGAUUCCUCAGUGUUGUCGGUUGUUGAAUCAGGAAAUUUUGCGUGUAACCACACUAUUGGGGAAUGCAUCAAUUUUAGAUCAAAGUGGGCUUGAACAUGCUAGCCCCCUGGCGUCAGGAGGAAUAUUUUCCAAUGGAGGAUCCAAUGUGAACAGAUGGGCAUCACCGUUUCAAUCAGAAAUGUCAGGUUUAUCGCAGCUCUCAUCUGCUCAAAACUGGCUUGGUUCUCAAGGUAGCUCAUCUGGUCUUAUAGUGAAGAGAACAAUGAGGGUGGAUAUCCCAGUUGACCAAUUUCCUAAUUACAAUUUUGUUGGGCGCCUCCUUGGUCCUAGAGGAAAUUCUCUCAAGAGAGUGGAGGCUAGUACCGAGUGUCGUGUUCUUAUCAGAGGACGCGGCAGCAUCAAGGAUCCUGUUAAGGAAGAGAUGAUGCGGGGAAAACCUGGGUAUGAGCAUCUGAAUGAACCUCUCCACAUACUUGUUGAGGCAGAAUUGCCAGUUGAAAUAGUUGAUGCUCGUUUAAUGCAAGCACGUGAAAUACUUGGAGAUCUGCUCAAGCCUGUGCAGGACGAAGCUCAUGAUUUCUACAAGAAACAGCAGCUUCGAGAGCUUGCAUUGAUCAAUGGUACACUUCGUGAUGAAGGUUCUCAGAUGUCUGGUUCCGUAUCCCCCUUCCACAACAGUCUCGGUAUGAAGAGGGCUAAAACUGGGGGGUGAUGAGUUCCGGUUUGCUUUCAAAGCUUGAGUCUUAGUCUCUUCCAUUCAACAGCAGUUCCCAUACUAAGGUAUUGCUGGGUCCUCCAAUGCCUCCGACUACCAUCGGGGCAAUGGCACUGCUUUGUAACGGAUGAUAUUAUGGCGUGUGUUUGUGCGUGUAUCUUCUAUGAAGGUUUCGUGGUGGUAUAGUAUGAAAGGACCAUGGGUGUGUAGGGGUUUGCUUUUGGCAGUUUGUGAGAUCAUUGUCUCUCUCCAAAGCUGUCUUUCUAACAUCGGUAUUUUUAUUGUGAACUUGUGACGACAAUUUUGGUAAGUUGGAUGUUUAUAUGUGCGAACUGUAGUUUGUGUA